UUGAUGAUCAGUGUAGCCCCAGCAGUGCCACCUGUCAGUGUCCAUCAGUGCCUUGUGUCAGUGCUCAUCCAUGCCACCUGCCAGUGCCCAUCAGUGGCACACCAAUGCCACAUAUCAGUGCCUAUCAGUGCACAUCAAUGCCACAUAUCAGUGCCCAUCUGAGCUGCCUUUCAGUGUCACCCAUCAGUGCCACCUAUCAAUGCCAAUCAGUGUCACCUAUCAGUGCUGCCUAUCAGUGCCACCUAUCAGUGCCAGUCAGUGCCGCCUAUCAGUGCCAGUCAGUGCCGCAUAUCAGUGCCAGUCAGGGCUGCCUAACAGUGCCAGUCAUUGUGGCAAACUUGCUCAUCCUUUCAGUACCACCUAUCAGUGCUGCCUAUCAGUGCCAUAUGUCAGUACCAUGUAUCAGUGCUGCCUUUCAGUCCCCAUCAGUGAUGUCUGUCAAUGCCCAUCAGUGCCACCUACCAGUGCCUCCUCAUCAGUG